GCACAAUCUGAUGUACUCGUCUGACACUUUUCUCAUAAAUUAAAUCACCAACAUCUUUUAUUCAAUAAUUUAAACUCACUCAGCUCAUUAAGCCAUUUCAUGAUCCACGAAAUGGAUUAAUUACAAUUUACGCAUACGGAGAAGAACUAUGAAACUAUGCCCCAAUGAAAAACAAUACUACUCCGUAGUAAAUAAAGAAAUCAACAAGCAUUGAAGAUACCGAAAGAGACCUGCUUAAUCCUACCUAGCUAGCUAUCCAUGAGUCUUGACAGCUUCCCAGAGCAGAUUCUCCCGAGCCUCCAUUGCCGCAGAUUUGAGCGUUUCGAGGGUGGUGAUGUUGGCUUGGACGAAGGAAACACUCCGAUAUGGCAAAUUGUGCUUCUGGCAGAGGGCCUGAACCACAGGAGCGAUCUUCCUGAGUUGGCACCUAGGCAGCCUUGGGAACAGAUGGUGUUCGAUCUGAAACUGGAGCCCCCCGAAGAACCAAUCCAUCCACUCCGCGCAGGAGAUGUUUAUCGUCCCGCUCGCCGUCUUCUCCAACCAAUCGUUCCCCAUCGGGGGGCCAAUGUACACACUCGCAGGGAAAUGGUUCAGGCAGAACUGGAUGUGUUGGAUCGAGCAGACGCAGAAACUCGCCAGCACGAACACCGCCCUCUCCGCCCAAUUCGGGAGGCAGGAAACCAGCAGAGGGAACCAGAUCCAGAAAACUAGCGUUCCGAGUAUAUUCACCGCCCUGUCCGGCACUCUCCUCUUCGAUAAUAGCACCAGGAAUGUUUGGAGGAAGAGAUUCGCCCUGGCCACGCACAUCACGGGGUAGAAGGUCAAAUGCUGGUAGCUGACCAGGAAUCUGGCCACCGGAUCGAACGUCAGCUCUCUGCCAUAGAAGCGGGAAUUGAAGGACUGGAACAAUCUAGAAGACACGGCCAAAACCGGGAGGUGCUGGAGAUCCGGGUCGUGGUCGAGGCUGUUCAAGGCGAUGUGGUGCGCGUUGUGUGUCCAUUUCCACCACGCCAUGCUGAUCCCGGUGAGGCAGUUUCCGGUGAGAAUCUGAGUGAAUCUGUUGAUUCCGCGGCUGGACAUGAUGGUGUAGUGGGCUGAAUCGUGGCCCAGAUACGAUAUUUGUAUCCAGGCGAGGCCCAACAGCCCACCAGAUAGAACGUGCAUCAAUCUACCCUCGCAACAAAAUACCCCAAACAAGCAGAUUGAAAGCAGGGCUGCGACGAAGGUGAAGGUAUACAUUACCCCGUGCCCUUUCUUCUCGAACAGUCCGGAUUCCGAAAGAUCCGCGUACAGCUUUCUGUAAUCCUUCGACAUCUCAGAUACCUCGGAAUCUCUCAGGUAAUAGCCGGUAAAGCAUGCGUCGAGAUGUUUCCGGGCAGUGCCCGGAUGGAGUGCAAUGAAGACCUCCGUACAGUCAUUGCCGGCGAGAUUCAGGAUCGGAACAUCGCCGCCGGGGUGCUUCUUAAUCCACUCCGUCACGUCGUACACCUUCCCCUGGAUACAUAUCCACAGAUCUUCUCUGCUUCCGUGCUUCUUCAAAUCGGCGGAAGUAAUGUACUCUUUGUCGUCGUCCAACUCCAUUAAGAAGAAGGCUUUACUAGAGAUGAUUGAGAACCGAAAACCCCCUCUCCUUUACUUCCUUCUUCUUCUACUUUGUGAUACUGUAUUUUUUCGUUUUUUUAUUGGGUUUGAAAAAGGGUAAAUGCUAUGGUGUACCUUCCAUCAAUUCCAUGUCAUCC